UCUGGAUUGUCUCUAAGACUUCCAAGGGUGCAGAUCAUCGGAGAAAACUGUCAGUGUGUGAGAAGCUUCCUGUUUUGGGGGAGGAAUUUGAAUGUGUAUUUGUUAUUGUGAAAGAAUGGUCAACUUUUAUUUUUGUGGCUUCCCAUAAAUGAUGAGAGAAUGGGCCAUGGUGUGUAAGAAGUAAGUUCUGAUUUUUAUUUUUGUUUUCCUCAAAUGUGUAACUGUUGUUUAGAGCUGACAGAAGAGAAUAUACUGUCAUGGAAUUGUCUGAGACCCUCUUAUCUUGUGCGUUUUGAAACAACCACAUAAAGUUAGUAAAAGAAUGUCCUGAGUAUUUGUUAUAUUAUUUACAUUUUUAAAUACAUUAAAAAUGUAUUUAAUCUAAAGCCUAAAUACAUUAGGACAUGUUUUUCUUCCUCUUAGAUGUCAGUACUCAGCUGGAAAGUAUUGUGUUGUAGUCUUCCUGCUGUUGAGUUCAGUCUUUUUUGCCUGCUUGCUCCAGUGCAUGCAGGAAAAUUACUUUCCUUGUCCAAUACCUUGCCAUCGCCUUUACAAGCUAUGUAGCUAAGAUCUCUUCUAGUACUUGUUCCAGAUCUUGUGGGCUGUGAUCUGUGUAUCAGAAGGCUCCCACACUUCUACAGGACUGGAUUAACUUCUAGGAUGAUUCUUGGCUGAGUGACAUGAACCUUAUGGAAGUAUCUAUUUGAUACUUGGAAUUUUAGGGGAAGAGUAUUUAAGAUCCUGAUGUUCAGUUGUAGGCAGUGUCUGGAAAUACCGCAUAUUUUUAUAUUGUAGCUGUCCACUUGUGGUUUUGCUUGUUAUAACUUGAUUUGUAAGUAAACAUUUUUAUUUCUUUUAUACUGCAGAAAUAGCAAGAUUUGAGGAGUUUUGAGUGAAUAAAAAAUUAAUCUGUUCCUAAGUGUCUGGUUUUUAGUCUGAAAAAUUGCUCUACAGCUGACAUUGCAGUUCUCCACAGUUGUAAAUCUAAAUUAAAUUUAUUCAAGAGGUGCAUAAACGCAGCAAAAUCAGGAGGGACCAGAUCAGAAGCUGUGCUGUGCUCUAAGACAGGAAAUCGAUGAGAAAUUACUUGAGAGCAUCUGGUCCCUUUUCUGAGGACUUGCGCAUUUCUGUUAGGCAUUUUAAAGGCUGUUUAGUAGAGGAUUAUGUGUCCGUAGGCUGUAUGUAACCUGAUUCUGCCACCUGCUUUUCCCGAGGACCCUUUAUGAGGAGGCUGUGGCAGAGUAAGUUGUUUUGGUGGCAGCAGCAAUCUUGUUCCUAGAGGCUGUCAAGAAAACAUGCCAAGGACGGGUCGUAUUGGCUGUUCAUCUUGGAAACUGCACUGUAUUCCCAGCCAUAGCUGUUCCUGGGUCAGCUCUGAAAUGGAGGGGAACCGGAAGUAAAUAAAUUCCCGUUCAGAGUAACUGACUUUUCCAGGAGGCUAUGAAACUAGAGACCAGUUGUCUUGUGUGGUACAUUGCUUGUGUAAACUUGAGCGCUUCUGGACUUUAAUUUCCUAGGGGUUCGUUCUUUGAGCGCUUCACAGAGCAGUCUGAGUCAUGCUCCUUCCAACAUAAUUUUUUUUCUAACACUACAAAACUUGUUCUUCAUGCAAUUGCACAAUUCAAAAGAAAAUCUGUGGAGCAGAAUUUGCUUGCCAUCAGCCCAAGUAGAGUCUUGAAUGGUCCCUUAGGUGGGAGAGAGGUUGUUGGUGCGGGAUGUUAUUGCUAUCAUCCCUGCACUCUCUUGUUCUCAGAGUGUAGUGUCAGAAAACCUGUUGAAGCUCUCUUGAGUGGAUUCCAGGCUCUAGAUGCAGAGGGUACAGAGAGAUCUGCCUGACAUCUCGUCACACGCAUGAACUCUGGAGAGGGCAUGUUUCCAGCAUUUCCUGCUCAGUUAAUAGGUUGCUCAGUCUUCAUUGCAAGAUACAUGACUGUCCUUGUCUGCAGUGCAGGCUUCUAGGUUAUAUUUAGGAGUCAAGUACCUGAAAAUAAGAAAAUGAUAGCUGAAUUUUAAAUACGUAUAUGAGUUUAUAUUGUAGUCAUUCCUAAAUGUGACUCUCUAUAAAACUAUCUGUACCAGAGUGUUGCAGAAGCCUCUUGAAGAAAUGCAGGAGGGAACCUCUGGGGCGAAAGAAGGUGCUCUUGAUCCAGAUAGCACUAUUCUGCUUGCUGAACUCCACUGAGAAAUGGGACUGAGUCUUGCUGGGAUGGACCCUUAGGGAUAAGGGGCACUAGUUCAAGCUCACCAUGCAUCUCUCUCCACUUAAUAGCUCGGUCUAAACACUUUGGAAGAAUUCCCUGUGUGGAAUCAGUGAGCUGUUGCUUGGACUAUGACUAGAUUUAGUGCAUUGAGAUUGAGGAUGACCGAGUAUCUGACAGCCCCUCUGGGUUUGAAUGGGGGGCUCGUUCCUUCCCCUCAUAUAGUACUAAAGUUAAAUAUGUACUAAAUAUUGCUUGCUGUAUGGAAUUUCUUAUUAAACUUGAACUGAUAAAGGGCGUGGCUUUGGGGAAACAGGUGGUUUUUUCCAGGAAGUCUUAAGCUUUCCUAUGUUUUUGAUUUGCAGAAGUGAAAAGUAUUGUAAUGAGUAUUUUUUUCCAAAUGCGUUCAAUGCUCUUCUACAACUUCUUGAUAUUUAGUCAGUGCUUAGGAAGGUUUUGGUUGUUUCUCCUCUUUCCUCCUUGUAGUCCAGGCUCUGCUUGGCUAACAGCUCCCCUAAUUUGCUGUGUUCUUACCUGGCUAAGGUAGAUGCCAACUAAAUCUGCAUUUUUUUGGUUAUAUAGCUCUCCUGCUAUUGCUGCUCUGAAAGCAGCAGGAAAGACUGAAGAGCAAAGCAGGAGGGUAUAAAACAUAUUCUAUUUUUAGGACAAGAUUGGUUUAUCUUGUAUUUGUCCUAGCCAGGGGGAUAAUGUUUCCAGAGACUUCACAUGAAUAAGGCCUGAGUUAAUUUUAACUGCCUCGCAGUCAACAAGCAUGGAGCCUGCACAAGAACCGGAGGAGCUGGGACCUCAGACUGAAGUGAUUGCAGACACAGUUCUUGAGGUUGGAGAAAGACUCUUUCAGGUCAACCGUAGGGUGCUUUCAGUACACAGUCGUUAUUUUGAAGCCAUGUUUUUUGGGGGGGCAAGAGAGAGCUCUGAACAGCACAUAGUGAUCAGAGAGAUUGAUGCAGUGCCUUUUCAGGCGCUACUUGAGUUCGCUCGCACAGCCCACGUGCUUAUAGAUCAAGAAAAUGUGACCAGCUUACUGGAAACAGCUGAUUUUUUUCAGUUUGACAGGGUGAAACUGUUGUGUGAGAGAUUUCUGGAGAGAGAGCUGCAUGUUUCCAACUGCCUGGGCCUGAUGACCUACGCGCAGCACUUUGCCUUUAUAGAGCUCUAUGCGUCCGCUAUGAACGUGGCUCUCACUCACUGGGGGGAUGUGAUGUGCCAGGAAGAAUUUAAGGCAUUACCCAAAGAAAUGCUGAUGCAACUCCUAAAAAGCGAUGACCUCUUCGUUUCGCGAGAAGAUGUGGUUUUUGACAGUAUUAUGAGGUGGAUAAUGGAGGACCCAGCAACGAGAGAGGAAGACUUUCUGGAUUUGGUGGGUGAAGUCAGGGUCAGUUUUCUGAGUUUGUCCUUCCUCGAUAUCUUGGUGAAACGCAGCAAGCGCCCUGGAGAGACAGAUACCUUUUCCAGACUGAUAAAGAAGUUAGACAGCUGUCCUCCACCCAGCUGGCAAAAUAUGGAACUGUGUCCUUAUGCUGGUCGGAGCUAUGACACCUUAUAUGUCCUGGGAGGAAAGCAUGACAAGGAACAGCAAGAAUUAUUUCUCUUUCAACCUAAAACGGGGACCUGGCAGUCUUGUUCUCCACUGCAGCGCAGGAACCUCACCCAAUACGCAGUGGCAGCAGUAGGGAGCUUCCUUUUUGUCACAGGAGGAUAUUUCCGGGAUGAGUUCGUGUGGUAUAGCGUGGAUUGGGUGCUUAUCUACAAUUGCUUGGACAAUAGCUGGCUGGAAGGGCCUGCCAUGAAGAAGUCCCGCAACAGCCAUUGUGCAGUAGGAGCCGGGCUCUACCUGUACGUACUUGGAGGGAGCACAGAUGAAGGGAUCAUCUCAGCAGUGGAGCGCAUGGCUUUGAUGGACUCGGAAUGGGAAAGCAUGAGUCCUAUGGCUCAACCUGUGGAGAGAGGAGAUGCGGUCAGUGUGGGAACCAGGAUCUAUGUGGUCUGUGGCCUGGAUGAAAAUGGACAUGUAUAUGAUGGAGUGCAAAGGCUGAACACAGAGACGGACAGCUGGGAUGUCAUCUCAUUCUCCCCGCUUCCAAGGUAUGACCUCUGCAUCACGUCACUGAACGGUGCUCUGUACACCAUAGGAGGGGGAGCUUUUCGAUUUGAUGUGGAGACAGAUGAAUGGACCCAGGUGGACGAGGAGUGCUUUACCAAGAAGUUCUUCAUGGGAUGCAGCACUGUGAAUGGACGAAUUUAUCUCCUUGGACAGAGGAAGGGGAACAGUGCCCUCCCUGUUGUAGUCCUCUUUGAUCCCUACAUUGAUAUGUGCCAGGUCAUAGAUAGCAAACUCCCUUGUCCCCUUCCUAUUCAUGGGUGUGUUUCUGUGCGAAGGUUUGAUACGUGGCCAUGAGCGAUGCCAGAUCCAGCAUAACCAAAAAGUAACGUGCUUUACAGCUGAUGGGAGUUAGAUUACAUCGUUUGGUCUGUGAAUUUUUUUAAUUUUGAAAGUAGGUCUGUUCCUUUGUAACUUUGUCAUCUUUUUUUUAUUUCUACCUGGCAAAUGAACUUGAAGCAAAACCCAGUGAAACCUUGGUGUCUACACAAAGGUUCCACGUCACUGGAAACAGCGGUUGGCAUUGUUAUGGUACAACUCCUCAGGGCUGAUGCUAAAUAAAGGGCUGCUCUGACCUUUAA